AAUCAUACCGACAAACCGCUCCGAAUUCUUCUUCAAGGAAAGAUUGCACUAACUAGGAAACAAAGCCAUCCAUCACACAUGCUGAGUCAGGCUUCGUUUCGAAAAUUCAGGAAACAAUACGAGCUGCUAGCUCACUCAUGGCAGGCAGGCAGGCAGGCACCUUUGAGACGGCAGCAGUUGGGAGCUACGCACGGCCAAUGGCGGCGGUGAAACCGGGGUUUCGAUUUCCUUUUCUUUCUCUUUUACUACUGCACCUGAGACGGUGAAGCCUUUCCCGUUACGCAAAGGUGGCGUACUGCUCCGCUCCUAGUAUAGUGGUAAAACGCAGGGGUAAAACAGCAGUACUACUGUAAUGAAUGCCAAGCAUUUAUGCCGUCAGUGGAGUAGCUUCCAUUAAUCCUUCCCUCCACCCGCAAUUCGAAACAGGAACCGACAUUCCCCCAUCCCCUCCUCCCUCCCUCCGGCUCCAUGCAGAGCAGCUUCGAGCUGUGAGCGCAUGGCGAAGCUCGCGCAGUCCUCCUUCGCGCUCGACCUCCUGCGCCGCCUCCUCUGCGCGCACACCGCCGGCAAUGCGGGCAGCACCGUCCACGCCCCACGGCGAGGCGACGGCGCCGCGGGGCCGGAGGAGGAGGAGGGGGCGGCGGCGAGGAGCCCCUGCAUUGUGGCCAGGCUGAUGGGCCUGGACGCGAUGCCGACGCCGGCGCGCGACCAGCAGGCGACGCUGCGGCGGAGCCGCUCGGCCAGCUCCGCGGAGGGCUGGUCCUCGCCCACGCCGUGCUGCUUCGGGGACGCGCCGCGGCGCAGGGUGGCCCGGACCACGUCCGCCUCGUUCCGGGACCGGCCCACGUACCUCAGGCGGGAGAACGACGAGUUCCUGCUCCUCAGCUUCACCCCGGACGACGACGGCGGCGACGACUUCGAGGCCGCCGGGUUGUCGAUCAGCGACGACGAUGACGACGCGGAGAAGGCCGGGAGCAGGCGCGGCAAGAGGACGAUGCACGGCUACGGAGCCAAGAAAGAGAGACGGGGGCGAAGGAGGCUCCCGCGGCGGCGGCGAGGCGACGAGGAGGCCGAGCCAGAGCAUGCCCGGAGCAGGAGGCCGGCAGCGUCGGCGGAGGAAUGCGGCCUGGAGAACUCGAGCCCGGUGUCGGUGCUGGAGGCGCGAGACGGGCAGGAGGAGUCGUCGACGACCACCACCGCUUCGUCAUCUUCAGUGGAAGAAGUGGAGCCAUGCUCGCCUAGCUCAGAUGGAGGCGAAACCCUGCCGGCGGCGCCGAGGCAGCAGCAGCAGGGAUCAAGGAGGAAGCCACUGCAAGCCGACUCCGACAAUCUCGGUGGCGACCCGCGUCAUGCAGCAGCGAGCUCCUCCUCCUGUGUAUCAAAAUGUUCAGACAGGGAUAGGAGGGACAGGAGAGUGGUGAAGAACAAGGCCGAGGCGAUCACCCCGGAUGCGACCGGCAUUUGGCGAAUCAUCUGCAGGAUGGUUGAGCAAGAUAUAUGCGUCAUCAACUGGCAAGCUAGGGGUGGUGGCGACAUUGCAGCGGAGAUGGGGUCAGAGAUCCUUGAUCAGCUCAUAUGGGAGCACACAGCUGAGCUUAUGCAGCCGGUUGUGGUCUGAAUAACUGUACAUGGUUACCCUUUCUGCUCUUCCAUCUGCAAGAAGCACCCAAACAUGUUGCCAAAAUCUUCAGAGUACUGAACAAGGAUGAAGCUGACGGUCGCUCCGGAUGCGAAAACAUUCUUGUUACAGAAGCUGCUGCUGAAUCUGCUGAUGAUGAUGCCAACAACAUGAAGUGAAUAUCCAAGCGUUACAGUGGAGAUAUGUAUGUUCAGAAGUUCUCGAGCCUGAAGGUCUGAAGAACCUGAACUUCGUUCCUCUCCAAGUCUCCAUACAGCUGUACAUGUUUCCCUCCCUAUUUCAGCUCCAUCUCUGUACUAGCCCCUGAAUAACCCAAACAAUAUAUUAGUAUGAGUUAGUUGACCUAA